AUGCCGAACCGUACCUACAUCACGAAAGAUGAGGAAAGUGUUCCUGGGCAUAAACCCAUGAAAGACCGAUUGACGUUACUUUUGGGAGCUAACGCUAGUGGUGAUAUGAAGCUUAAACCACUUCUCUUUUAUCACUCUGAGAAUCCUAGAGCAUUCAAACAAAAUUCGAGAAUCAAGAGAAAACUGCCAGUGAUGUGGAGAUCGAAUCAGAGGGCAUGGGUCACGCAGGUUCUUUUCAAAGAGUGGCUAUUUGAAAUUUGUGCUCCGAGCAUCAAGGACUACCUUGAUACCAAUGACUUGCCAUUGAAAGCAUUGCUGCUAUUGGACAACGCACCAGGGCACCUAAAGGACCUUGAAGAUAACUUGCUGAUAGACGUUCCCUGGCUGACAGUGCAGUUUUUACCUCCGAAUACGAAUUCACUGAUUCAGCCAAUGGAUCAAGAGGUUAUUGCAGAAAAAUUUGACAUUCUCGAAGCUAUUCGUCUUAUUGAAAAGACGUGGUCAGAAAUCACUCAACGACAGUUGGUUUCUGCCUGGCGAAAGCUGUGUCCAUCCCUCGUUCAAGGAGACGGAGGUUAUCAGGGUGGCACCCCUGAAAUUAUGGAUGAAUUUGUAACAACUGCGAGAGAUCUGGAACUGGAGGUGAACGAGGAUGACAUUGAAUAG